UUUAAUGUUUGAGUGACUGUUGAAUAUAUUAUCUUCCUUCCUUCCUUUUCAUUUGUAGCCCAGACCCAUUACAAAUCAUCCCAUAUAUAUAUAUUAUGUCGCCACUCAUAGAGUUUGCUCAUUUACGCAUCCCACUACAAGAAAUUAAAUCGGCCACCGACAACUUUGCUGAUGAACAUAUUAUUGGAAGAGGCGGAUUUGGUAAAGUUUACAAAGGACAACUGUUGCAGCGCGGUCAAUUGACCGAUGUUGCUAUAAAAAGGUUAGAUCGAGAUGGAUUGUCCGGUCAAGGGGACAAAGAGUUCUGGACGGAUAUUGCGAUGCGUUCUAGCCUCAAUCAUGUUAAUCUGGACUCUAUUGUUGGGUUCUGUGACGAGGUUGGCGAGAGGAUUAUUGUAAAUUAUUGUGAAGUAAACGGAAGUCUUGACAAACAUCUAAGCAGCCCAAACCUCACAUGGUUGCAAAGAUUACACGUAUGUAUUGGUGUGGCCCGGGCUUUGAGUUACAUUCACUAUGAUACAGGUCGGAGUUAUGAUGUCAUACAUCGUAACAUCAAGAGCUAUAAUGUUGUUCUAGAUGGGAAUUGGGAAGCCAAGCUAUCUGGUUUUGGACUUUCAGUAAAAGUUCUUGCAACUCAAAGACAUCGUCCUGUCAGCGGUAGUGCUGUUGGCACAAUUGGUUACGUAGACCCGGUAUAUGUGAAAACUGGAAGUUUGACACGCAAUUCUGAUGUUUACUCUUUUGGCGUUGUAUUGUUUGAAGUCCUUUCCGGAAGACAAGCAUUGGUUAAAGACGCGGCCGGUAAAUAUCAGUUUUUAGCUCCAAUCGCCACACGCCAUUACGAAAAGGGAAAACUGGAUGCGAUUGUUGAUCCUUGCCUAAGGAAUCAAAUGCACCCACAGUCAUUUAAAUUCUUCACAGACACGGCAUAUCAUUGCUUGAAGAAAGACCGAGCAGAACGACCAGAUAUGGAGAAGGUUGCGAAAAGACUUGAGAAAGCCUGGGAACUUCAACGGAAACAUGAAAAUCCCGCACACUUAAGACCUCCAGUCACUCGUAUCUCGCCCAACUACCACAAGGAGAAAAACUUGGAUCACAUGAAGAUUCAACUAGCUGAUAUAAAGUUGGCUACCAAGAGUUUUUCCGAAGCAUAUUGUAUCGGCUAUGGUGGAUACGGUAGGGUGUACAAAGCAGAGUUGGAACAUUUUGAUAGCGACUGCCAAACAGAAAUCGAAGGGAAGAGUAAAAGUGAAUUUCUUAGAAGGCGCAGUACUGUAGCUAUAAAACGUAUUUUUUAUAGAGCAGAUGGGCAAGGUGAACAAAGUUUCUACUCGGAAAUUGCAUUGCUUAUUAGAUGUAAGCAUCCAAACGUAGUUUCCCUUCUUGGUUUUUGUGAUGACGGUGAUGAACGAAUCCUUGUUUACGAACAUGCUUCCCACGGAAGUCUUGAUGAUUAUUUGGGAAACACGGAUAACAUGACUACCUUUAAUUGGGUGCAACGUAUACAAUUAUGUCUUGAUAUUGCAAACGGAUUGAAAUACCUCCACAGUACUAUAGUGGAGAAGCAGAUGAUAGUUCAUCGUGAUAUAAAGAGUGCCAACAUUCUAUUGGGCAAGAGUUGGGAGGCAAAGAUUGCUGACUUUGGACUCUCUAGAAUCCAACAUGCAAAUAAUCAAGCAAGCACUCUUAAUACGUAUCAUGUUGCUGGCACAGAGGUGUACUUAGAUCCUGAAUAUAUGAAGACUGGAAAACUGAAAAAGGAAUCAGAUAUUUACUCUUUUGGAGUAGUUUUAUUUGAAAUCUUGUGUGGGAGGUUGGCAACCGAUGAAUGUUAUAAUGUUGGCAAUGACAAGGGGCUUCCAUCUACUGUGCGGCGUUUAGAGAAUAAGGGAUUAUUAAAGGAAAUUGUUGAUCGUAGAGUAAUGGAAGAAACUGAUAUAAACAGUUUUCAUCUAAAUAGAGGACCCAAUCAAGAUUCUUUGGAUGCUUUCAUGAAAAUCGCAUACCAAUGUUUGGCAGACACUGGGUCCAAGCGUCCAACAAUGGGAGUCAUCAUUGCGGAACUUGAGAAAUCUUUAUACUUCCAAAAGAACAACAAGGAUAAGCUGAAAAUUUCACUUGCAGUCAUUAAAUUGGCCACCCAAAACUUCAGUAAUCAUAAUCUCAUUGGAAAUGGAGGUUUUGGGGGUGUAUUUAAAGGAGAAGUCACUCAUGCUAAUCAACAUCACGUCAUUGCUGCAAAACGGUUGGACCGUCGUUUUGGUCAAGGAGAGCCUGAAUUUAUAAAAGAGCUUGAAAUUCUUAUGGAGUAUAAAAAUGAUAAUGUGAUUGGUCUUGUAGGCUACUGUGAUGAAUGCGAUGAAAAAAUCAUUGUUUAUGAGUAUGCAACUUAUAAAAGUCUCGAACUCCACUUGAACAGUACUGAUCUUACUUGGAUGAAACGGCUCAAGAUAUGCAUUGAUGUAGCAAGUGGGUUGGAGUUCCUUCAUGGAGGUGUUGUAAGAAAUGAUGCGGUGAUACAUAGAGACAUAAAAAGUGCUAACAUUCUACUAACUGCGGACUGGAAAGCGAAAAUUACUGAUUUCGGGCUUUCCUUAAUAUGUCCAAUUAAUCAGGAAAUAGACUAUGUCAUCGACUACGCUGUGGGCACAAUGGGAUAUUGUGACCCGUUAUAUGUAAACACUGGUAUCUUAACCAAAGAAUCUGAUAUGUACUCCUUUGGUGUGGUUUUAUUUGAGAUCUUGUGUGGUAGACGUUCAUACAUAAAUUAUGAACAUGUGCCUCUAAACAUUUUGGUUAGAAAACACAUGUAUGAAGGAAAGAUUGGGGAUAUAGUGUUUGAGGCAAUAAAGGAGCAAAUUGUGCCAGAAUCAUUGACUACAUAUUCCAGGGUUGCCUUUAAAUGCUUACACGAAGAUAGAGAAAAACGACCAACAGCGGGUGAAGUAGUCUUACAACUUAAGCAAGCAUUGGAAUUUCAAGAGGAUCAUGAAAUAUGGGAGCCCAAAUUACCAGGAGAUUAUAAAGAAAUAAUCCAAAUGUCAAAAACUCCUGAUCUCUACUCUGUUAUGUGCAAAAAGGAUCUUUACAACAUUCUUUGCAAAGGAAUUCUCCUUCAAGAUGGAAAAGUGUGGUUUUCACUUGGAACUAAUGGAGUAAGACAUGAAAUGAUAUCAGCAAAGUUUUCGUACAAGAGCCCGAAGUCCCAUAGGUGGCUAACUAUUCUGGAAUCAAGGUUUCCCAAAGUAGCUGAGAUAACAGAUAUUUCGAAACUGAAGACCCGAGUGAAGAUCAGGACACAAUUUUUAUCUCCAGGCGUCAAUUACAGGGUUCAUCUUGUUUUCAAGUUCUGUUGUCCAAGAAAAGCUUCAAGUACACCCAUGUUUGUGAAUCUAACGUACAAGAUGUGGAAUGAAACCUUACAUUCGUAUUUUGCAACAUGGAGAGAUGAGGACUGGAUGAUGAUAGAAUUGUUCCAAUUCUUAAAUAACAAGAAUGUAUACGAUUUUAAGAUUCAACUAGAGAGCUUUUCACGAUAUUAUUGCAAAAGUAGACCUAUCUAUGUUGAAGGCUUUGAGUUUCGAGCAAUGGACAAUGUGAAACGUGAAGAAAUUAAUAGGUUGAAGGAAGUCCAACAAGCAUCGAAAUCAAAAUUGAAUAGUGAUGAGUUAACGUUGCUAAGAAAAGCUGAACUAAUAAAACAUCCUAUGAUUUCGGCAAAAGGUGCUCUUUUUGACUCAUCUAAUGUGAAGCUUUUCGACUUGAAUUCCUCUGGAGAGUCCAGAUUUCCAGAAGAGAUUGAACUUCUAUCACAACAAGUACUUCAUAUCAAGUGCAAAAUUACUCAAACCCAGUUGUUGCCAAAUACAGAAUAUGUGUGUUAUCUUGUCUUUAAGCUUUCAGAAAAGUGUCGUGGGUUACAUUGUCCAGUAAUAAUACGAGAUCUACUCCGUUGGAGAAGCAAAGAGGUCGGGAUCCUUUAUUUUAGAUCCCCAAGCCCAUGGAAUUUACGCGAUGAUCAUCACGUUCCCGAAAAGAGAGAAGAUGGAUGGAUGGAGGUUCUUGUUUGGAAAAGUAACUCAGGUUUUGAGCCUAGAAAUGAUUAUAUCCCUAUCAAUUUAAAACUGAUAGUUUACGAAGGAACUCUGUCCGGCCUUAUUGUGCGUGGCCUCGAGUUUCGGUCAAUGUAAAAAUGUAUAUCAUUAUAACUGCACGGAAUGAAUAUUGUGUUUAAUUUUCGUUGUUUACACUUGAUUACUGUUGAUUUUAAAGCAAUCUAAGGAGUUAGAUAGUGAUUA